UGCUCGUUUUUGCAGUCUGCAGGCGUGCAGCGAUGGUGUUGCACUCUGCGGUUCCUCCGCUAGCUGUAAAUCAACAAAUGCGAUGCGCGGCUCGAGCCAAAGGGUGGUGCUUGCUAGUGCCUUACAGGACGCUAGCUACGGAGCGCUUCAAGUCACUUUUUACGCUGCAUUGCUGCAAUCAGAGAUUACGCGGAGGCUUCGAAUCCUUGCUCGCAGCGGUGCAGACCACGCGCUGCACAUCAGCAAGCUCAAGCUUAACACUUGGUGCCAAGCUAGGCUGCAAUGGCGGCUGCAAGGCCCUGCAAGCUGCUGCUAGCAAUCGCCGCAGCGGCGCAGGCCACGACCUGGGGCGGCUUAAGGAAUCAAGGCAACACCUGCUACCUCAACAGCCUGCUCCAGACGCUGUUCCAUGUGCCGGCGCUCCGGUCGGACGUGCUGGGCCGGCCGGCGGAGCCGCGCGGAUUGAUGAAGCGGCUGCGGACGGCGCCGCGGCCGGCGCGCGCCCUGGCGGACGUCUUCAAACGGCUGGCGCAGAACGCGACGGCGCAGACGCGCGGCCUCACGCGCGCGCUCGGCGUGAGCGGCCUGCAGCAGCAGGACGCGCAGGAGUACCUGCGAUUGCUGGUCGGCGAGUUGUGCGAGGACGCGGCGCUCGGGGAUCGCGUGCGGAGCUGCUACGAGGGCCGCGCGGAGAAUUUCCUCGAGGCCACCGACGCCGAGGCCGAGCGCCUGGGCGAGCGGCCGGCCAAAAUUCGCGAGGAGGCCUUCCUGGACGUGUCGCUGGACGUGGAGGCGGAGGACGGCACCGUGGAGGGGGCCCUCCAGCGCUACCUCGAACCCGAAAUUCUGGACGGCGAGAACCGGUGGGCGUCGCCGGCCGGGCGCUGCGCCGCGCGCAAGGGCGUCCGGUUCGCGCGGCUGCCUUCAGUAAUUGUGCUCCACCUCAAGCGCUUCGCCUACGACUACAUGCGGGACGAGGUACAAAAGAAAGGCGCGCCGCUGCGCGUGCCCUUCCGGCUGCCGGCGGCGGCCUUCGAGCGCGCCGCGCCCGUGGAAGAGCCGGAGGAGGGCGAGGAAGCCGUCGCGCCGGCCGGCGCCGAAGAAGCGCCGCCAGACGACGACCGGGACCCGUACCUGCUCCACGCCGUCGUCGUGCACGUCGGCGGCGGCCGCGGCGGCCACUACUACGCGUACGUCGACCCGCUGCUCGACGGCCGCUGGGUCAAGUUCGACGACGACCGCGUCUCCGCCGCCGACGCGCGCGUCGUCGCCGCGGAGGCGGCCGGCGCCGAGCUCGGCGGCGGGAACUCGGUCGGGGCCUACCUCCUCCAGUACGUGCGCGCGUCCGCGGCGCCGCGGCUCGGGCUGCGCGGGGUCGAGCUUUAGUUUCAUUUACUUUGUAAUGCUCGGUCUCGUUA